CUCUCAGACUGACUUCAGAUCAGAAGAUGAGUAAUCGUGUGGAGGAAGAGGAGGACAGAGCAGAGUCUCUAGUCUCCGGCUGUCUGUCUAUAAAGAGUGAUCAGUCCAAAGAUAUUCCUCUGUACUUCAGUAAUGAACCUGGACCCUCAGACACAAAAGUUCAGUACAGACAGAGAGCAGAGUCUCCAGUAUCCAGCUGUCUGUCUAUGAAGAGUGAUCGGUCCAAAGAUCAACCUCCAAACUUCAGUAAUGAACCUGGACCCUCAGACACAAAGUAAGAGACUGUUUUUACUGUGAGCUGACCUGAUGAAGAUGAUGCAUUGAGGCUGUUCAGACCUACCAGUGAUGAUGACUUUCUAACCUUCACGUCUUUAUAUGUUCUCUCUUGUUUCUCUGUUUCAGCAGAUAGAGGUCUGCAGGAGGUUCUAGAUGAACAUAAGAUCAGUCUGAGGAGGAGAUGUGAACGUGUGACUGAAGGAAGUGAUGAAACAGGAAGUGGAACCCUCCUCAACAGGAUCUACACUGAGCUCUACAUCACAGAGGGACAGAGUGAAGAGGUUAAUACCCAACAUGAGGUGAGGCAGCUUGAGUCAGCUUCCAAGAUGAAGACCCUCCAUGACACUCCAAUCAAGUACCACGACAUCUUUAAAGCCUCACCAGACCAACAGAGACGCAUCAGAGUCGUUCUGACCAACGGCGUCGCCGGCGUUGGAAAAACCUUCUCAGUGCAGAAGUUCACUCUGGACUGGGCAGAGGGUUUGGAAAACCAAGAUGUCAAUCUGGUGAUUCUGCUUUCGUUCAGGGAGCUGAACUUGAUCAAAGAUGAGCAGUACAGUCUUCUGAAGCUGCUCCAUGUUUUCCAUCCAACAUUACAGAAGGUCACAGCAGAGAAGCUCUCUGUCUGUAAACUUCUGUUCAUCUUUGAUGGUCUGGAUGAAAGCAGACUUUCAUUGGAUUUCCACAACAACGAGGUCGUGUCUGAUGUCACACAGAAGACAUCAGUCAACGUGCUGCUGACAAACCUCAUCGAGGGGAAUCUGCUUCCCUCGGCUCUCGUCUGGAUAACUUCCAGACCUGCAGCAGCCAAUCAGAUCCCUCCUACACGUGUUGACAGGGUAACAGAAGUACGAGGCUUCACGGACCCCCAGAAGAAAGAGUACUUCAGGAGGAGAUUCAAUGACGAAGAGCUGUCCAGCAGAAUCAUCUCACACAUCAAGACAUCCAGGAGCCUCCACAUCAUGUGUCUAAUCCCAGUCUUCUGCUGGAUCACUGCUACAGUUCUGGACCACAUGUGGACUACAGACCAGAGAGGAGAGCUGCCCAAGACCCUGACUGACAUGUACUCACACUUCCUGCUGGUCCAGACAAAGAGGAAGAAGCAGAAGUACCAUGAGGGACACGAGACGAGUCCACAGGAGCUGAUGGAGGCUGACAGGGAAGUUCUUCUGAAGCUGGGGAGGCUGGCGUUUGAACAUCUGGAGAAAGGAAACAUCAUGUUCUACCAAGAAGACCUGGAGCAGUGUGGUCUUGAUGUCACAGAGGCCUCGGUGUACUCAGGAGUUUGUACAGAGAUCUUCAAAAGAGAGAGUGUGAUCUUCCAGAAAACAGUCUACUGCUUCGUUCAUCUGAGUGUUCAAGAGUUUCUGGCUGCCGUCUACAUGUUCCACUGUUACACAGACAGGAACACAAAGGUACUCGAAGACUUCCUGAGAAUUACAUUUCUGGAGGACUUUCUGAAGAGAGCCAUGGAGAAAUCCCUUGAAAGUAAAAAUGGCCACCUGGACCUGUUUGUCCGCUUCCUUCAUGGCCUCUCUCUGGAGUCCAACCAGAGACUCUUAGGAGGCCUGCUGGGUCAGACAGACAACAGUCCAGAAAUCAUCCAGAGAGCCAUCAACAACCUGAAGGAGAUGAACAGUGAUAAAAUCUCUCCUGACAGAAGCAUCAACAUCUUCCACUGUCUGAUGGAGAUGAACGACCUCUCAGUACAUCAGGAGAUCCAAGAGUUCCUGAAGUCAGAGAACAGAUCAGAGAAGGAACUCUCAGAGAUCCACUGCUCAGCUCUGGCCUACAUGCUGCAGAUGUCAGAGGAGGUUCUGGAUGAGUUGGACCUGAAGAAGUACAACACAUCAAAGGAGGGACGAUGGAGACUGAUUCCAGCUGUGAGGAACUGCAGAAAGGCUCAACUUUCUAGCUGUGAACUCUCAGAGACUCACUGUGAAGUCGUGGCCUCAGCUCUGAAGUCCAACCCUUCCCAUCUGAGAGAGCUGGACCUGAGUAACAAAGACCUGCUGGAUUCAGGAGUGAAGCUGCUGUCUGCUGGACUGGAGAGUCCACACUGUAGACUGGAGACUCUGAGGUUGAUGAGCUGCAGUUUGUCAGAGAUCAGCUGUUCUUCUCUGAUCUCAGCUCUGAAGUCCAACCCCUCCCAUCUGAGAGAGCUGGAUCUGAGUUACAACGACCUGCAGGAUUCAGGAGUGAAGCUGCUGUCUGCUGGACUGGAGAGUCCACACUGUAGACUGGAGACUGUGAGGUUGAGGAACUGCACGUUGUCAGAGAUCAGCUGUUCUUCUCUGGCCUCAGCUCUGAAGUCCAACCCCUCCCAUCUGAGAGAGCUGGAUCUGAGUGACAACAAGCUAAAGGAUUCAGGAGUGAAGCUGCUGUCUGCUGGACUGGAUAGUCCACACUGUAGACUGGAGACUCUGAGGUUGAGUCGCUGCAUGUUGUCAGAGAUCAGCUGUUCUUCUCUGGUCUCAGCUCUGAAGUCCAACCCCUCCCAUCUGAGAGAGCUGGAUCUGAGUGUAAACACGCUGCAGGAUUCAGGAGUGAAGCUGCUGUCUGCUGGCCUGGAGAGUCCACACUGUAGACUGGAGACUUUGAGGUUGUGGAACUGCAGGUUGUCAGAGAUCAGCUGUUCUUCUCUGGUCUCAGCUCUGAAGUCCAACCCCUCCCAUCUGAGAGAGCUGGAUCUGAGUUACAAUGACCUGCAGGAUUCAGGAGUGAAGGUGCUGUCUGCUGGACUGGAGAGUCCACACUGUAGACUGGAGACUCUGAGGUUGAUUAACUGCAGGUUGUCAGAGAUCAGCUGUUCUUCUCUGGCCUCAGCUCUGAAGUCCAACCCCUCCCAUCUGAGAGAGCUGGAUCUGAGUCAUAACAACCUGCAGGAUUCAGGAGUGAAGCUGCUGUUUGCUGGACUGGAGUCUCCACACUGUAGACUGGAAACUCUGAGAUGGAAGUCAUCUUAG